AUGACAGCCUCGGAACACGCCCGUGCAACCGCACUACCUGAGCCAAGCCGCUUCAUUACUACUCAUGAUGCCAAAGGCAACGCAAUCUUCUCUCGUCAACUACCAGAGUCCGUCCCCUUCUGGCGUGUGGGCUCCCAGGCAGAACCUGCUGGGUUCGGUCUGGCAUACACGACAAUGUCCACACCCGUCAGGUUAACCGAGAACGAGGAUCUCUCUGACUUCAUACACGCGGACCAGCACCGAAAAAUGGGCGGACUGGUCAAAAAAGGUGGCUCAGUGCUGCGGUACGUCGACUACUCGCCCCGGUCAUCGUCACCAAUGCACCGGACCGUGAGCUGCGACUAUGCCAUUGUCCUUGUGGGCGAGAUGGCUUGCUUGCUGGAUUCGGGCGAAAGUCGUAUCCUCAAAGUGGGCGACGUUCUGGUUCAAAGGGGAACUAUGCAUCAAUGGGUUAACACCAGCGACAAUUGGGCCCGGAUGUUGUAUGUGCUGCUCGAUGCAACGUCAGUGAGUGUUGAUGGCGAGGUGCUAGGAGAGGAGCUCGGUGGAAUGAAAGGUGUGCCAAGCUCGUCCUUGUAG